GCACACGAACCUCCUCCGAUCCAGCCUAAAAAAAAACCCUCCUCCGAUCCAGCAAUGGCUGCUGCUGCGAUGGCGGCGGCGGAGUGGUUCAUCCUGUACGCCAUCCCGAAGGUGGCAGCGCAGGAGGAUGAUAGCAUCUUCGAGCAGCCCACCAACAUGUCCUUCACCUUCAGAAAAGCUCCGUGCCCCUCCUACGUAACUGUCGCGAGUAACGUCGUCAGUCCCGACGGCAUCAUCCACUACCCCUACAUCGCCGCGGACGACGGCCGCGGCAUCUUUCUCCUCUGCGGUUACACCGUGCUCGGGCUCACCUACUACCUCUUCGAUCCCUGGCGCCGCAGGACGCUGGGCGUCAUCCCUCGCGUGGGCGGCCUCAGGCUCCGCGACGUCGCCGGCCUCAUCCGCAGCGGCGGCGGCGACCGCCUCAUGGUCGCCGAGCUCAACACGUGGCUCCUCGACGACCGUGGCUCCGUCACGAUCCACUGCACGGUCGACAUGUACGGCUGGGACGAGAAGAAGUGCAAGUGCUCCGGCAUCACGGCCAAGAGACCGUGGAACGGAGACGGCGUCCUGUCCCACCAAGGCUUCCUCUGGUGGUUUGAUCUCUCCUACUGCAUCCUCGCCUGCGACCCCUUCGCCCCGGUGCCGGAGUUUUACCAGAUCAUGUUCCCGUCCGUCCCUGACGCUCUGCCCUUCGGCUGGAACCGCGACAUACACCGCUGCUUAAAGGUGAGCGACGGCCAGCUGCGCUACGUUCAGAUCCAUGGUGCAUCUGAGAAGCCGGUGGUCAGCAUCUGGACGCUGUCAUCCAGUGAUCCGUCAAAGGCGACAUGGGGAAGCCCGACCAGCCUCCCCUUGGAUGUGGUUUGGGAGGACAGCAGCUACAGUGAUGAUGCCCGGUUGCGUCCGGGGGUCGUCCCUGCUUUGCCGCUGGUCCACCCCAUGAACGCCAACGAGGUCUACUUCUUCUUGGACACAUGCAUCUUCGCCAUCGACCUCACAAAGAAAAAGGUCGUCUGCUGCGAGGAGUUCGGCAUUGGGUGGCUGCCGCCCAAAAUCCGCACCUCCCGCCUGGUCCAUGCUUGGCAGUGGCCGCGGCCGCGGCCGGUGAAGGUCACCAAGAUGAGUCCUCAGUCUGCCAAAAGAAAGAAAAAGCACGGCGCCACAUGAGCAAAGUCUAAAAGUACAAUAAGCAUCAGCUGGGAGCACAGCAAAACAAACCCAUAAAGAGGAAUCACAAGCUAACUAAUCCUGCUCUGGUGGAGGACGGGGGCCGGUGGCGCCAAGGACCCGGCAGUGGUACGAAGAGUAGAAGUGAUCCUGUCGAUGAAGUCCCGAUCAUGCCGCUUGCUCAGCGGUCUCCAGAGCCACCACCACCCACAUCCAUAUAUAUCCGAAGCUUCAUCAGAUCUGGUUGAACAUGAUGGAAAGCUUGACGACCUCUCCAUCAGUUUGGUCACUCACUCAGGGAUGGCACAAGUCCAAACACCUUCAUGUCAAACAUAUCAUAUCCGAAGCAACAUUUUAUGUAAUUCUCCAUUUGCAUUAAUCACACUUGAGCAUCACUAUCACUAUCUUGUCCUUCGCUUGUCGAUGUAACACGACGCAGUUACUCCCUCCAUUCCAAAAUACAUGACUCAACUUUGUACUAACUUUACAAAGUUGAGUCAUCUAUUUUGAAACGGAGGGAGUACCUCUGUAAAAUUAUCAGGAGGGGGACAUGAGAAUUCAAGUAAAAUCAUCAGGUGGGGAACAU